AUGGGUGGCAUUGACUGGCAGCAAGGCGCGACACCAUCGACAGGCGGAUCUGCUUUGAUUGGUGUCAGCGUGACCUUGUCUGUGCUACAGAUUUUUUUUGUCAUCGCACGGUUCUAUACUCGAUCUCUACAACAUACUCAAUGUGGCGCUGAUGAUUAUGUUAUGCUUGUUGCUUUGACUGGAAGCCUAGCUAAAGCGGUCAUCUUCAUUGUUUUGGUUGAGGUAGCAGGUUUUGGGCAUCAUGUGAACGACCUUGCCUAUCCGAUCCGGGACAUAAGCCUAAUGAAAAAGGGAUUCUUCGUCCUGGAACUCCUUGAUUUUCCUUUCACUGUGACCCCGGCAAAAAUAUCGCUCCUCCUCUUUUAUGUGCGAAUCUUCUACAUGCGGAUUCUUUAUACGCGCAAGUUUCAGAUCAUCCCGUAUACCAUCGGGGCAUUAGUGCUGGGGCUGGGAAUUACAGUAUUUUUUGAGACCAUAUUCCAGUGCUCUCCAAUCGAACAUGGUUGGAACCCCAACAUCCAGGGAACAUGCGUCAACCAAUCAACAUUCUACCGCGCAAUCUCCCCUAUCAAUGUGUUAACGGGGUUGAUGCUCCUGGUACUACCUAUUCCCCUUGUGUGGAGUCUACACGCACGAAGAGUGCAGAAAGUAGCUCUGACGGGUGUAUUCCUGCUAUCUGGACUUGGGACUGUCGUCAGUGUUCUCCGAAUGGCCAUCUGGUUUACAAGCCCAAGAGCCGAGUUGAACGAUAGGACCUGGUUCUCAAUCAAACUAGGCAUCAUUUCAAUGGCCGAAAGUGCCAUUAUCGUCAUAGCCACUUGCCUGGAAAUUACAUUCAGCGAGAAGUAA